CACCACAGUGAUGGGAGAACUCAGAAAUUGGGCGUUUUGGCGGGCUGUUCUAGCAGAGUUGAUCGGUAUGAUCCUCUUCAUAUUCAUCGGUAUAUCUUCUGCUAUCGGGAAUACAAAUAACUCCCAGCCUGACCAGGAGGUUAAAGUAGCGUUAGCCUUUGGUCUGGCCAUCGCCACGCUGGCCCAGAGUUUGGGCCACAUCAGUGGAGCCCACCUGAACCCAGCCAUCACCCUAGGUCUGCUGGUCAGCUGCCAGAUCAGUGUGUUCAAGGCAGUGUUCUACAUCCUGGCUCAGAUGCUGGGAGCUGUAGUAGCUAGUGCCAUAGUGUAUGGAGUCAAGCCGACAAACAUUGAUGCACUGGGGGUUAAUCACCUGAAUAAAAUAAGUGUUGGACAAGGGUUUGUCAUCGAGCUCCUGACCACCUUCCAGCUGGUCCUAUGUGUCAUAGCAGUGACUGAUAAAAGGCGUGGGGAUGUCACCGGUUCUGCCCCUCUAGCCAUCGGGCUCUCUGUGGGUCUGGGACAUCUUGCAGCAAUCAGUUUCACUGGAUGUGGCAUUAAUCCUGCUCGCUCAUUUGGGCCAGCUGUAAUCUACAAACAAUUUGGUGACCAUUGGGUGUACUGGCUGGGGCCGAUGUGUGGAGGUGUAGCAGCAGCCCUUAUCUAUGACUUCCUCCUGUAUCCUAGAAGUGAUGACUUCAGUAAGCGGAGGAAUGUUCUGGUCAGUGGGCCAGACAAGGAGAAUGAUGCCCCAGAGGAGGGCAGCAGUAGCCCCGGAACCAGUCAGUGGCCCAGAUAGGACAAGUUGACUAACAAUUAGCCUACCAAAUGUUGGAAAUUAUAAGCAGAAAAAUAUCUAAAUUGUGCUUAAAAACCUUGUUCUGCAGUCCCUGCCAGCCGCUGAAAGAUCCAUAUGUAGAAUUAAUUUAAACUGUCAGUUUGAUUUAUGCAGUUAUUUACUUUUAUUAUUGCUGUAACAGACAUGUUGUAUUGUGUUUCUGUUUGUCCUGUGUUGAAGGUUGAAACAUUUGUACACCUAGGGAACAGUUCAAAAUGUACUGUAAAAACUAAAUGCGCACCCUCCCCCCUAUAGAAUUAACAAGAAAUUAUGUUUUACGACCACAAAUAACUAUAGUGAGCCUGUGUUGUUUAACGUAGAUAUCGACUUUGCCACUUCAGCAUGCUUCUGUGGUACAGUCGAUGCCACGCAAGGCUACGGGCCAGAAGGUUGCGGGUUUGCUGACCACCACGGACGAGCUAACUCUCCCUGCGUUUCAUUAGAACUACACUACGAUCAGAGCCGGCCGCAGACAAUGAUCAUCCAGGUGGAAAUCAGAUUUAACAUGUUGAUAUAUAUUUAUAUUUAAAAUUAUAAUAUUUAUAAUAUAUAAUAUUUAUAAUUAUAUAAAAUAAAUGCAACAAAUAUAUGCAACACCACAAUCUGCACAGUUUGAAUGCUGGAAUUAUAUUUUGGAGGAAUGUGCGCAGGUAGCCUACAGGAGACUAGUAGCCUAAUCAGAUUAAAACAUUGUAACUGGUUGUGUUGAUGCCUGACAUAACAGAUAAUGCAGUUUAAAAGUGAAAUUAACAAUAUUUAGGCUAUAGGUUAUUGAAGCGUUAGGUUCUAGGUGUGCGACAGCAGAGCUGUCAAGCUUUCCUGAAUAACUGGGCCUGCUGGAAGCCUACUGUAUGUGGCCACAUUAUUAUAGGACGACUUGGGAGAAUGAGGAUCCGCAACAAACAGCGCAUCACAGUAUCAGAACUUAAAAUACAGCCAAACUGGCAUGCUACUGUGUUUUGUAUAUCUUAUAAACUGUCGAUUAGACCCACAACUGAUCCAAAUUGAAUGAAACAUUCAAAUCACAGGGUUUUUGCGCUGUAAUUCAAAUGACAUUUUCACAGCAGUUUACAGCCUAGAGUAGAGUGUUGUACUCACUUGAAAACUAUAAUGCAAAUAGGGAGGAUAAUUGUAUGGUCCCUAAUAUAAGAUCAAUAGGGGAGCUUUUUGAGCUGCGUGUCUGUCUUCACUGUUCUUUCAUGCUCAAUGAUGCACCCUGGCCUCUCCACUUAUAUUGAAAAUUGAUGCAGCUUUGAAUGAUUAUAUGAGUGGUAUGAUUGCUAGUUAGCAUAUUGCAGAUCUGGACAAACGAUCCACCUACCACUAUUGUCACUAUGAAUGGUGGAUAGAGGGCAGGAUAGACAGCAAAAAGCGUAGUGCAUAAGGGAAGUACCAAUACACCUUGAUAUAGGAGAGGCGCAUGCACGCAGAUGAGGAAAUUUGGCUAGGUUGGAAGAAAUUAUAUAUUAAAACCUGCAAAAGGGCAAAUAUAAACCUGGGGGAAAAACACAAUACCCUCCCGUAACCAAUAAAAAAAACACACAACCCUCCCCAAAGCAAAAAUAUAAGUUACAAAACGCUCCCCUAUUUUGGACAGCCCCAUUUAAUAUCAAACUGCCCCUACGAUAUUUACAUUUUCUUUGUUUUAUUCUUUGCUUUGUGGAAAUAAAGUAUUUUUUGUUAUUAAAGAAUAAACUGUA